GCUGAAAGUCGUACAGCAAAAAAGCUUGGCUGUCAAAUGCUUGUUUGCCUUUCUGCGGCUUCAAAUGUAACCGGUAUAAUGGUGGAUACGAAUGCGGCUUCUUCACUUGUCCAUCGCUAUGGUGGGAUUGUAUUUUGGGAUUACGCAACCGCUGCUCCUUAUGUAGAAAUGAAUAUGAAUCCCACUCCAAGAAAUGGUAUUGAAAAUGCGUAUAAAGAUGCCAUUUUUUUUUCUGUACAUAAAUUUGUUGGUGGGCCUCAGACACCAGGUAUAUUAGUUGCAAAAAAGAAAUUAUUUGAGGCCGGUGAACAAUUUCCAUUCCAAAGUGGAGGUGGAACGGUUAACUUCGUUCGUCGCGAACAUACUUCUUACUUCAAAGAAGUGGAAUUGCGCGAAGAAGGUGGUACACCAGCAAUUAUCGAGUCAAUUCGGGCUGGGAUGGUAAUACAGCUGAAAGAAGCUAUUGGUUCUAAAUUGAUUCAGAAAAGGGAGGAGGAACUGGUUCGAGACAACGAGGAGAUCUUCGAACAUAAAAUCCUCCGUCCGGGAUUCACACGAGUUAACUUGCCAUUCUUUUAUCCGGACGAAGAAAUUGACUUCAUUAUUGAGUCCGUCAUAUUCGUUGCGAAAUACUCUUGGAUAUUUCUGCCCUUCUACGAGCUCAAUCAGACAACUGGUCAGUGGCGCUACUGCAACGACAAGAGGAGUGAUAUGGGGAAACAUCUUUCAAAUAUUUCUUAUGAUCACGGUGUGAUGCGGUGGAAGAAACCCGCACAGAAAUCUGCUGGACCGGUUCCAUUGACAUUGAGGGAAUGUCUUUCAAUGGCAGCAUCACUACAACAAUCAUUGGAAUCAGUUUUGCGCCAAUCCACAUGCAAUGUGACGAAUGAAAAAAUUGACCGCUAUUGGAUGCGAUCGAAGGUAAACUAUCUCCGUUGGUUCCUUCUGGCUAGUGAAGCAGCUGCUGAUGCAAGAGGACUUCCACGGCCCGUGUCCCAGUAUCCCAAUUCGGGUAGCCCAUGGCAUCCGGGCUGCAUCGAGCGCUGCUUCUGUCCGGAUCUGGCCAAACGUGACAACGAAUCACUCUCGCGCUUAUGCAAGUAUACCAACGCCAAAGCGACUAGUGCUGUAACAAACGAAAAACACAUCUACCUUAACGGAGCACAUAAGAGCAAUCACUACAUGAACUCAUCAAGCUCCUCAGACAGCACAAUGGAGUCCCAAUCUAAUACGGACGUAAUCUGUGUUCGUCGAGGUGGAAAAGAAAAUCGAGGAUCACCAAAUCGCAACAGUAGGUCCAGGGGACGCGCAUCGCGCAUUGGACGAUUGGGAGCUUGUGAAAGAUAUCCCAUUACCUUCGAGUUACCUCGAGGUCUGAUUCGACCCCACCGCACGCAGUCGUAUUCACCAGCCAGGUAUUCGCAUGGCGAGACCGGCUGGCGCUCACCACCCCCUCAACUUCUAAAGCCAACCAUUCAGAAUCCUGACACAUCAGUUUCAUCAGAAUAUGGUGAAUUCGAUGAAGAUGAAAUCACAGGACUGGAGGAGGACGAGGCGCUUCGCCUCUUCUCCAUGAUCCACUCCAACGACAGGAUUCUCGUACAUCUUUCCGGUGGUAAAUCUUCAAUGGCGCUUUUGCACUGUUUGCAUGCCUAUCAGGAGAUACUUCAACAAGAAAAUCCCGAUCCUGAAGGCAAGAGCGUCUUUGAUCUGGGAGCUGUAGUUGUUGCCUUAGCUUAUGAGAACUAUGACCUACUCCCCUUGGUUAAUUAUCUCAAGGCACUAGGAGUGACAUAUUACUAUGAGAAACAAGAUAUGAACCAUUACUGUUCACAUUCACUGGACCUUUGCUCGAGUUUGAAGCAAAGAGUUAUCUAUAGCGUUGCUAGGAAAUACGGAUACACCGUUCUUGCUCUUGCUCAAAAUCUUGAUGAAAUGGCGGCGAGUUUCCUUUCAUCCGUUUUUAACAACGGAAGCAUUCAGACAAUGGAAGCAAACGUUGAACUAAAAGAUCUCAAACUGCGCCUCAUACGUCCAUUUGCCUUCUGUCGAGAGAAGACCAUAGCAGAAUUCGUCAAAACGGCCAGACUGCCCGUGAUGAAGACAGCAUGCCCUAUAUGUGAGCAGUCGAGGAUGGAGCAGGUGCGACUGAAGGAAAUUCUCGCUGCUGAGGAGAACAACAAUCCACAUCUUUUCAGUAGCAUCAUCAGUGCCAUCUCGCCGCUACUACAUUUGUCCUCACAAUCCGACAUCGUGCUUGAAUCCGACACCAUCCCGUCAGCAAAGGUCAUCACAUGGAGCAAGACUGAGAAUUGA